AGCAAGAAGAGGUUCGCGCAUGCAAAUUCAUCGCAGAAGCGACAUGCUGUCCCUCACAUGCAAACCCCCUUGCACCAAACAGAUCGAUCUGUGAGGGAACGGCCCAUCUGAGGAGUCAAUUCAUUCAUUCAUUCAUCCAUUGGCUGCAGCAUUGUCCUGCAGUGCCCUGAGAUCCGCCUCGUGGUCACACUCAUGGUCUUCCCCCCUGAACGAUACCGGCUUCUCUUCCCGAAGAGUCUGAGACUCGCUGAUGUUCCCCUUGUCGGCCUGGUCGUGGCUCUGUGUGUGCGGAGGGCCGGCCUCUGCGGUUGGCUGGCCGCGCGGCGCAUUCGUAGUAUGUUUGCGAUGCAGUGUGUCGUGGAGCUCCCUGACGCGGUCGCGUGCUGUCCACUUGAGGGUGCUCUGGCGGGCGGACAAGAGGGUCAGCAUACUUACAUGCAAGUUCCACUCUUGCUUUCUGCCGUGUGUAUGUGCUUGCCUUGGGGAAGGGUCUCUCACAAAUGGUGCAGUUGAAGUGGUCGUUUCCGUGCUCGCAGCUGGCGGACUGCAGAGACAGAUAGACAGACAGACAGACACAGACUGGCAUAAAGCAUAUGUGCGGCCGCUGCCCGCCUACGUGUUGGUCCCGGAGAGCUUGGCUGUCUCGCAUUUGUUUGUCCAGGGCCUGGCGGACGGCCUUCUGCUGCUCACGGCGAGCCUGUAGCCCACCACACACACAGCAUUUCUUUCCUUCCAUUAGAUUGUCCCCAUUGUCCCCCGUCUCGCUUUGCUGACCUGCAAGCCCCUUUGUCUGUCCUGCUCCAUCUCCUCGGCCGCGCGGCGCACCGCCUCCUUGUCUUUCUCUCGCUCCUCAGCCUGAUACACUCAAAGAGAGACACAUGAUGCAUCGACCGGGUUUUGAUAGUGUGCACGACGACCCGCCCUUCCACCCACUCGCCUGUUUCUUGGCCAUGGCAUCCCUUCUCUCCAUGCUCUGCUUCCACGCGUCCUGCAGCCUCGAAUCGGGCGGGGGUGCGGGCGGCGGGGGUGCUUCACUUUGCAGAUGACUUGCCGCUUCGUCCUGCGUCUUGCGGCGGGCCUCGGCCAGCUCGUCCAUCUGACGCUUUAAAGCGGCGGCAUAAGCCUCGCGCGCUGCCCUGCAGUAAAGGCUUCAUUAAUGAGUCAUGGGGAGGGCGGCUAAGGUGUGUGCUGACUUUGCUUGAGCUCCAGUGAGGCACCUCUCAUCGAUGGGGAGUGAGGUGCCCGAAGCGUCACUAAAUGACAAAUACACCAAAAAGAGGACCAUGUGUGCCUUCAGUGCUGCAUGUGUGAGCCACUAACGGGCGCUUGCGCUGCUGCCUGAUCUUGUUGAGGUCUUCUCUCUGCUUGUCCAGAUGACUGCGAUAAUCAGACUUCUGUUUCUUCAAAGCCGCCUGGAGGUCAUCGGCCUCUCUCUGCAGCUCCUCAGUCGACGGCGGCGCCGUGCCCGUCUUCCUUGCCCUCUCAGCCCCCUCCCGCCGCAGCUGCUCAUUCUCCUCCAUCUGCUGCCUCAACGUGUCAGCAAACUGACGCCGAAAGGCAUGUGCGUCUGACUCACCGCCCCGGGCCACCUCACUGCCGAUGUCCAGGCUGGUCUGGGUGGGGCCCUUGUGCUGCUGGGCGGCCAUUCGCCUUUCCUCCAGGUCUCUCUUCUGCUGAUCCAGCAUGUCCUUGUACCUGUUGGUGCGGGCCUUGAUGCCGCCCCGGACGUCACAGCCAUCGCAAAUCCAUCCUGACUCGGCGGAUGCAGCGGUUAAUGGACGGAGGUCUGUGAUUUCUGGGGCAGGGAGGUCUGCGAUGGGGAGGGCCGGUGGGGCCUCGGCUGUUGCCAUCGGAAAUGACGAGGGGUUCUGCGUACCCCUUCGGGGGCGGGGGCAAGGUCCCCGUGAGAUUAACGAACGAACGAACGAAUGAAC